UUUUAUGUAACGCCGAAUGGCUGCGUGAAAUACAAAGUUUCAGGAACGGAAACAGUUGUACUUCGGCGCCCAGUUCAACUUCAGUGAACACCUAGAGCUGGUGUAUAUUUUACUCUCGACCGACUCUCCUCCUCAGUGAUGGAGUAUGGAAAAGAAAGAGUGGUGGCGUUAGUCGACAUGGACUGUUUUUACGUGCAGGUGGAGCAGAGGUUGAAUCCAGCUCUGAGGAACACCCCCUGUGUGGUGGCACAGUACAAGACGUGGAAAGGAGGCAGUAUCAUAGCUGUGAGCUACGAGGCCAGGGCCUAUGGUGUCACCAGGAACAUGUGGGUGGAUGAUGCAAAGCAACUGUGCUCAGAUCUCCAGGUGGCACGAGUGCGCGAAUCUCAUGGCAAGGCAGACCUAACACAUUACAGGGAGGCGAGUGUGGAGGUGAUCGAGGUGAUGUCUCGCUUUGCUGUGAUUGAAAGAGCCAGCAUUGACGAGGCCUACAUGGAUCUGACUGCUGCAGUCCAGCAGCGGUUGAAAGACAUGACUGACAAACAAGUAGAGCCUCACCUGCUGAGAACGACCUACAUCCAGGGGUACCCACAAAGUGCAGAGGACGCUAUCUUAGAUAAAGAGGAGCAGAGGUCCAGAGGUCUCCAGCAGUGGCUGGCAUCCUUACCUGUCCCUCUGUCAGGGGGGCAGAGCUCUGCAGAUCUGCAGCUAGCCGUGGGGGCUCUCAUUGUUGAGGAGAUGAGAGCAGCUGUGGAGAAACACACAGGUUUCCGUUGUUCAGCAGGGAUAUCACACAAUAAGGUGCUGGCCAAACUAGCCUGUGGUCUGAACAAACCUAACCGACAAACUGUUGUGCCUUUGGACUCUGUAACAGAACUUUUCAGCUCUUUACCCAUCAGCAAAAUCCGUAACCUGGGGGGUAAGCUGGGAGCCUCCAUCACAGAAACUCUGGGAAUAGAGAACAUGGGAGAUUUAACUCGCUUCUCUCAGGCACAGCUGACACAGCACUUUGGAGAAAAAACAGGCCAGUGGCUGUAUGACCUGUGUCGGGGGAUCGAGUUUGAAGCAGUGAAACCCAGACAGCUUCCCAAGUCCAUCGGCUGCAGUAAAAACUUUCCUGGGAAGACAUCACUUGCUACUAAAGAACAGGUACAGUACUGGCUUAAUCAACUGGCUCUUGAGCUGGAGGAGAGGCUGACCAAGGACAGAGAAGUGAACGGUCGAGUAGCCAAGUUGUUGACAGUUGGUGUGCGUCAGCUUGGGGAUAAAAAGCAGAGCAGCUUCUCUCGCUGUUGUGCUUUAGUGCGCUAUGAAGCAACCAAAAUAUCCAUAGACAGCUUUGCCAUUAUCAGGAGCCUCAACACAGCAGGAAACCACCAGGUUACAUGGACUCCACCCCUCACCAUGCUACACCUCUCAGCUAGCAAAUUCAGUGAUGCCCCAUCAGCAGGGGGCAUUGCUGGUUUCCUCUCCAGCGAUGUGUCUUCAACCCAGAGCCUUUCCUCUGCCACUCAGUCCUCCAGAAGGCCACGCUCUGAGCUGAAAAAUAACUCAACAUGCAAACAACCUGGCAGUAUUCAAUCCCUCUUUCAAAAGGCAGCUGAAAAACAAAGACAGAAGGUAACAAAAGAAGACGACGAGGAGGAUGAGGAUGAAGAUGAAGAUACGUGUUCCUCCAUCUUUCCCAAAACAUCUGCUGGUGGUCAGUUAGAGACAGAUACCAAUUGCCUGGUUUCUUCCUUCAUACUUUCCUCUGACUCUAAAAAUAGUUCAUCUGGCAAUCGUGGAAUUUCCUCUUUCUUCCAUAAGAAGAGUCUUGAAAGAACUCUACAGGCCCCAGCAUCAACAGUGAGCGAGCCAGACAAACCUGGAGCUGUCAAUAAAAAAGAAAAUUCAGAAGACAAUGGUGCUGUUGUGUCAGGCCUGGAGGAAGAACCUUGUUCAGAGUUUACAUCUCACCAGACACCAUGUGAAGAGAUAAAGGAUGAACUGGACAUUGACCCAGGGGAAAAUCACCAUCCACCCAGUGUGGCCAAAGAAGACCUCUUAAACUGUGAGCGCUGCGGCCAGGAGGUGUCAGUCUGGGAAAUGCCUGAGCACAACGACUAUCACUUUGCCCUGGACCUCCAGAAUUCACUCUCUUCAUCUGCAAGUUCAGCAGCUGUAUCUACCUCUUCCUCCACUGCUUUCCCCUCUUCUUUUUCUGCAUCUCCUCUCAGAGCGGGAGCUGCAGGCACAGCCCAGUCCACCCGGGGCAAGACAAAAACCAGAGGCCAGUCGGGACCCCAACCGAAAAGACCCCGCUCUCAAGGUGGAAGUAUGGGCACACUGGAUUCUUUCUUCAAGAGGAACUGAAGAUGUACUGUAGAGCAGCAUUUUUAAAAUAAAAUAAAGUACAAACUCCUGAUGAUAUCACAAACGUGAAGACAAAGCCAUAUUGUAACAGGGUCACUGGGACUUCCUUUAAAUGAUUGAUGUUAGUGAUCUUUAUAUUAUAAUGUGCACGAAUUAAAGAAAAGUAUUUAUUUAUGUACUUUUUGUGGUAAUGAAAAGGCUGUAAAAUUAUCCUUCCUGAUUUGUUUACACUUGUCUCCAGUGGUGAGUCUAUUGUUCUGUAGUGCAUGAGUGCUGAAAGUCAGCUGAAUGAGUGAAUUAGUCUUGCGUUGACUUGCAUCAGCUGGGGAGCAGAUAAGGAGCAGCCGUACCAGGAAAAUGAAACAACAAAGCCUUUUAAAAGUCAAUUUUGUGUGGUGAGUCAUGGCUCUGUGGUGUGUGAGCAAGCAGACAAAACACUGGAUGUAUGACAUGGUUGAAGACACUGAGUCAUUUUCUGAUUUGCUUAAAAGACGCUUUAACACCUGCUAAAGAGACAAUAAAAGUUUUAUUCAUGUACA